UGCUCAUCGUACUAGUGUUGAUACCCCACACUCAUCCUCUCUAUAUUUCCAUGUUCAUAAUUUCUUUUGUGUAUUUAAAAUUCAAUCUUUCUUUCCCUUGUUCUGGUUUUGACUUUCACAUAACACCACAACCAUGUUUUGAGAUCUAGAAAAAAUUGAUUUCAACAAAGUGCGUCAUUGUCUUUACCAUUUGUUAGUAAUUAAAAAUGGAGGCAUUUGAAGUAGUGAACGAGGGAAUUGGUGAACAAAUUGAGUUUGUUUGGAGGAAAAUUAGAGAGCCAGUGAUUGUGCCAAUGCUGAGAGUUGCGGUGUUUUUGUGCCUAGGCAUGUCGGUGAUGAUGUUGGUUGAUAAAGUUUACAUGGGAGUUUCGAUUUGUUUGGUCAAGUUGUUUGGGAGAAAACCUGAGAGGCGUUAUAAAUAUGAGUGUUUUGAGGAUGAUGUUGAGUUGGGGAACUCCAAUUAUCCUAUGGUUCUUGUUCAAAUUCCAAUGUAUAAUGAAGGAGAGGUUUAUCAGUUAUCAAUUGGUGCUGCGUGUGGACUUUCUUGGCCUUCUAAUAGACUCAUCAUACAAAUUCUUGAUGAUUCAACUGACCCAACCAUCAAGGAGUUAGUGCAGGUUGAAUGCAAUAUAUGGGGAAGCAAAGGAGUGAACAUAAAGUAUGAAGUUAGAGACAACAGAAAUGGUUACAAAGCUGGUGCUCUAAGAGAAGGAAUGAAGCAUAGCUAUGUGACACAAUGUGACUAUGUUGUUAUCUUUGAUGCUGAUUUUCAACCACAACCUGAUUUUCUCCGCCGAACCAUUCCUUUCCUAGUCAGUAACCCUGAAAUUGGUCUUGUACAAGCUCGUUGGAAGUUUGUGAAUGCUGAUGAAUGUUUGAUGACGAGGAUGCAACAAAUGUCCCUUGAUUACCAUUUUAAAGUGGAACAAGAAGUGAGCUCUUCAGCUUAUGCCUUCUUUGGCUUUAAUGGGACUGCAGGUGUAUGGAGAAUUUCAGCGUUGAAUGAAGCUGGAGGGUGGAAAGAUAGAACUACAGUGGAAGACAUGGAUUUAUCUGUACGUGCAAGUCUCAAAGGAUGGAAAUUCUUAUACCUUUCCAAUUUACAGGUUAUAAAUGAAUUGCCAAGUACUUUAAAGGCCUUUAGAUAUCAGCAACAUAGAUGGUCAUGUGGGCCAGCCAAUCUCUUCAGAAAAACCGCUAUGGAGAUUCUCGCAAGCAAGAAUGUGUCUUUGUGGAAGAAGAUAUAUAUUCUUUACAGUUUUUUCUUUGUUCGAAAGAUUGUGGCACACAUCAACACAUUUGUGUUCUAUUGUAUUGUGUUACCUGCCACUGUUGUGGUGCCUGAAGUUGUUGUCCCUAAAUGGGGGUCUGUUUAUAUUCCUUUCGUCAUCACCCUUCUAAAAUCUGUUGGAACUCCAAGGUCAUUCCAUUUAGUUUCCUUUUGGAUUCUCUUUGAGAAUACCAUGUCCCUACAUCGAACAAAAGCAACAAUUAUUGGUUUACUAGAGGCUAGUAGAGUGAAUGAAUGGGUUGUCACUGAAAAACUUGGAGCUACUCUCAAGGCUAAAGGUGGUGGUAAAGUAUCAAAAAAUAUUCGAUCAAAGAUUGGAGACAGGAUCGGAAUGUCAGAACUUUGUGUUGGACUCUACCUCCUUUUGUGUGGUUCAUAUGAUGUUAUAUAUGGGAAAAAUCAGUUCUUCAUAUUCCUAUACGUCCAAGCGAUUGCUUUCUUCAUCCUGGCAUUUGGAUAUGUUGGCACUGUUGUUCCCAACUACUAGAAGAACUUGGUUUGUUCCCGACUCCUAGAAGAACUUGGCAUGAGCAAUUCAUUUACUAAUUUUUAUUUUUUAGUUCAAGUUAUAUCUAUAUAUUAUGUUUUAGUAUAAUAUUAAUUAUUCAUAGCAUGAUAUAUUACAUUAGAAAUUAAAGUUUGGUAGUGGGAAAUUUUUGUUGACGGGAAAAGUUUCAUUUUUAACGAAUAAAUUCGAUAGAGUAAUUUAAAAUUCUAGCUAGAAUUAUAUUAAA